GCGCGUUCAACUUCGCGACUCUUGAUCAUAUGGAAUUACUCUAAUUCCUACUGACAGACCUCCAAUACCUCACUGGUAUCGCGGUUAAGCUCUUGUGUUCGUGUCCAUUGCGCCAUGUUCGAGCGUCGCGCUGCUGACCGAUACCACCUCCGCCUACACCGCGCUCGUUCCGUUGCGCUGACCUCCGAUGAGAUUGUUGAAGUCCGCGCAGCCCAACGUACCUUUGAAGGGGCCUACGUUCGCACCGCCCUGUCCCAAUUCUCCUUCGCCCUCGUCGUGCUCAAAAUCUUCAGUCGCGAGUUCUACAGUAUCGGUGCCUUGUUUGCGGUCUACGGCACGGGUGUGCUCAUAAUCGGUCUCUUCCGUCGUCAGCAGGGAAACAAACAGUUCUUCUCAGAGGUGGGAGAGGAUGGCGUCCACCGUCACAAGUUUCGGACUAGUGGAAAUGCCGUGGUGGUUUUGACGGUGCUGAGUAUCGCAGCGUAUGCGGUUCUUAUCGCUCUCACGUUGAAAUUAAGUCGCUAGCCGGAGACUUCUUUCGAUACUCUUUUGUUCUACACAGCAAUGACCUCCCUGCGUAACUGCCAAGUGCCAAGAAUUCCGCAGUGAUACGACUCGCCCGCCAGCUGAAGAUAAGAACAAGAAACCGGAGCGGAGGGAGGAUGGACAGAGUGACAACACUGCAGUGAUGAUGGCAGCUUACAGCUUACGACCUUGGCAUACCGUUCAAGGGCAGACUAGGAGAAGAGGGAGGGAAAGGUUGCACGAAUGAGCUGAGUACGCGCAGUCAUUUCUAUCUCGGCGUCUUCUGUCUGACACGACGUGUACAGCGGGAGGUGCUAGGCGGAAUCUUAGGACUCCGAGCUUCAAGGGAUACCCAGAUACAUCCCAAGCUCCUGCGCUCCAAAUGAA